CGCUCGUACGUAACGCAUUGAACUAAAACGGGAUCAAUUGCCUCAUCGUUCCUGGUUGCCCAUUUUCGUUUCAAAUUUGAAUCGUUAGAACGGGAUUUUUCUUUAUUUUUCAUUACCUUGUUCCGAGAAAGAAACAUGUCAACGGUGAGGGCCAUAGCUUAUAAGAACCUAGAACCUUGGCCAUGCUCAACAUACUCAGUCGCGAUACUGGGCAGUUACAAUACCAUUCGCUGAUUUUGACGCCUGUUAUUUCUCGUGAUUGUUCUUAAUUACAACUUCAGGAGGCCUGACCAACACGGUUUUAGAUUGACCCAAAUCUGCACUUAUAUUUAUAGCUGCAUCUACCAAAUCGUCUACAAAUAGUCGUGAAUAAUCAACCGAGAUACCCAAUAGCAAUGGCCAACAAAUGCCAAGUUAUGCAACAAUUUAUCACGGUAGCUAUGUGCUGCUUCAUGGUGUCAAGGGCUAAUCCUAUAACGGCGCCUCCAACCACUGCCUUGCCUACGAUGGUGGGGACAACGCAGUCUACUUACCAAUCGUAUCUAUUAAUCGUUCAGGAGAUAGAAAUGUUACGAGCAAAGUUUACGCCUAUGGUGAACAGAUUCCUCGCCUCACGUUUCUAUGAUGAUUUCCCAUCACAGAGAACGGACCGUCUUCUUCAGAGCGAUGCCCAAGCCCCAAGGAUGGACAUCCUAGGAUUCCUGACUGUUACCGACGACAUGCCCCCAGCCUUUGAAAGGCACGACAUGACGGAGGAACAGCUUUUACCCAAGCACAAAUUGUUUCUCGAGACCUACGAAGAAGUCAUGAGGUCCCUGAAGACCGAGGAGAUCCUAGCUCUCAGGACUUCUCCCGAAUCAUACAGCGUUGACUUCACUGACGAUUAUGACACCUCCUCCAUCCAAAUCUAUAGGCUACUUCACAAAGUCUCUGAAUUGAUGUCAACGCUUAAUAUCGAUGAUGAGGGUUCUGAAACCUUUGAGGGAUUUGAAGCCGUGCCCCAUAAUUCCCAGAUCCACAACACACGCAGCCUCUACGUUCUACAGAGGAUUGAUGAAUACAUAUACACUGCCCUUGUCGACUUUAAUCGCCUUCUCUCCCUGUCUAAUUGAAGUUUCUCCUGAUAUUCAUCACAACUAUAAACCUUAUGCAUGUGACGUCAUCAUCUCUUAGCGCCCUCAUUCAGAGGCUAUAGAAAUACGCGUAAACGGAGAGAUGCGCAAACUGCACGUACAUGUAGGGUAAUGGCGCCGACCUCCAAGAUGGCGGUGCGAUGACGUCCAUCCACAAGGUUUAUUUUUUAUACUGUAUUCCAUCGUAUGAUGCUUUUCAACAUUCAUGGUACUAAUCAUGUAUUUAUUUAUUUAUCUAUUUAUGGGCUUACAUUUUUUAACAAGCGUUACAUAAAAAAGGGAGGAAACAAUCAAUGACCUCCCACCAUUGAGAUGUUUUUCUUGCACUAGUGAGAUAGGGAGAUAUUUUUGAUAUCCAUUCGUAUUACACCCCCCUUAAAUUAUCUAGUUCCUAUAUCAUUUGAAUACAAUGCUUAUACUUACAUUAUUUCAUUCAUGACAUCGGUGCUUCGAGAUGUAUUCUUCGCCCGUACAAUGAAUUCUUCAUCACUUCUAUGUCGAUUCCUUUUUUAUGUAAAUUUCAUUUCCAAUCAUUGUAUUUUGAAUUAAUCAGACAAUCAUGAUCUAGACAAUGCCCAUCUUUAUAAUCAAUUGAAUUUGAUUAGUAAGUCUAGAUUCUAUAAUCGGAUCUGAUCACAGGUCAUUUUGUGCAAUAAUGUUUUGGUCGUGAAAUGAAUGCAUAUACCGCUAUUUAAAUGUGCAUUUUAGUAUGUCACUAUGUGGCACCUGUCGAAUGUACAUCAUUAGCUACUUCGUGUUCAAAUGUAAAACAAUCAUGUAAUAUCUCCAUGCUCGUCUAACUAGUCUUUGUGAACGUGUCAUUCUUAUAUGAUUUGAUUUAUUUAUCUUUGAGAUUUGAGUCUUCAUUUUGCUCUGUAAAUUCAAAUCGUCAAUGACGAUAUAAGGUACAAUGUUACAUAUAUUUUUGAUUUGUGGGUAGGUGUUAGUUAUGAUAUCACAAAAUGAUCCAUGUCUGCGAUAGGAAUGUUCUACUGCUCGUUUUGUCAUUUAAAUGUGCUUUCAUGUUGUAAUUUACGGGCCUCUCAAACAUUUAUACUUUAAAAGUAUUCAGUACUAUGAUGUAGGCCUGUUUAUGUUUUUUGUCUGAUGAAAUCAUGUAUAUUUAUUGCCUAUUGAGCAUCUAUUUAUAUAUUUAUUAAUUGAUUAAAUAUUUAUGAAUAUGAUAAAAGUAUUAUGUGACGAUUUUGAAUUUACAUUUUGUAAUUCCUAAGAAAUGUUAUCAAUAUGCCUUUAACGGAAUUUAAAGUGUGAUUUUACUUGUCAAAUAUUGAGGGAACAAUAUAUGUCACUGUUGUACUUCCAUAUUAAUCGGUGAGAAAUAAUGUGCCUUUUCGAAACCCGACCUUGCCUAUUUCGCCUUUGACGUAACACGAAAUAAAUAUUUGAA